UUCUACGAUCAUAGUUCUAAAAUUGUUCCCAUCUUUAUUUCUAUAUAUAUUAGCCCUAAUUCUAGUUACAACUAUAUAAUUUUAUUUCUCUUUUAUUUAUUUUUGCAUCAAAAGACAAUCACAAAUAUGGAUUGGGAUCCCUAUUAUUCUUGUCCUGCAAUAUCUUGUACAUCCUCAUCUUCUUCUGAACCACUCAAAAUUCAUACCAUAAAACCAACUAACACAAAAAAAUCAUUGCCUUCAAAAUACAAAGGGGUAGUCCCUCAACCAAAUGGUCGUUGGAGUGCCCAACUAUACCAAGAUAAUAAGCGAGUUUGGAUUGGGACUUUCGACUGCAAGGACUUAGCAGCUUAUGCUUAUGACUUAGCUGUCAUUCGAUUUCGAGGCCAACAAGCCAUAACAAAUUUCCCUAUAUGGAGAUACUCUAAUAAUCUCCAUCUAGACUUCCUUUCGUCACAUUCUAAGAUCCGGGUCAUAGACAUGCUCCGCAACCAAACCUACCAAGAUGAGCUUAUCCGAUUCAAGCGUGCCCGAUUCGCCAAAAACCAUGCUAGGCGGGCAGCUCAAGUAGACGACCAUGAAUGGGAUCGGUUAUUUGAGAAGGUGUUAACACCAAGUGAUGUGGGGAAAGUUCGUAGACUUGUGAUUCCCAAGCAUUAUGCUGAGAAUUAUUUACCUAAAAUGUCUGAGGUUGGAGGGAUGAUGUUGUGUUUUGAGGAUAGAUUAAAGGAUAAAAUGUGGAGGUUAAAGUAUUGUUAUUGGAACAGUAGUCAAAACUAUGUGUUAACCAAAGGGUGGGGAGAGUUUGUUAAGGACAAGGGUUUGAAACAUGGAGAUAGUGUUGUUUUUUAUAGUACUUUUGUGGGUUCUCAUAGGCGGUUUUGCAUUGAUAUAAAAUGUAAAAAGGUUGUGGAAAUGGAUAGUGAAAAGAGUAGUGAUGGUAGCGGGGAUGGUGUUGCAUUAGCGUGCUCCAAGAAUUUAAGGUUGUUUGGAGUUGAUAUAAUAUGUCCACUCAAUUAAACCAGUUAUUAGGCCGCAACACGUUGCAUUAGCCGCGUUGUAAAAGUUUUCAAAAUAAAUGAAUUAAUAUUUUUAGCGUUGUAAAGGGGUUAAAAAAAACUACAUUUUGAGCUUUUUCAAGGGAUGUCUUAUGAUUCAACCAAUAUUUAAGCGUUACAAUAACCGCAUCACUCCCAUUACCUCAUCACUAAUUUGUUACCGCGAUUGUACUACCGCAUUUUUACACCUAGUGUAUUAAGAUGUUAUUACAUAGUGUAAAUCUUUGAUUUCUUUCAUUCUUUAGGUUUUAAUUGUACAAAAAGGUUAACUUGGUUUUAACAAGUCACAUAAGUAUGUUUUUUAAGUUAAUACCUUUACGACCUGUUUGUAGUAGGUAUUAAGUUGUGGAAAUGAUAACGAAAAAUUAGUGUAAUUUUGAUAGUUUUAUCUCUUGACAAAUUUAUUGACUAUUCUAUUCUCCUUUAACAAUCUUAGUUUCUUCAAAAAAUUCAUUCUAAUGCAUUAUCAUUUGAACAUGUCGUAUUAGGUGGUAAUAGAAAAUGUGAACAAUUUUUUUUUAUGAUCAAUGUUACAUUACCAUGGGAGUUACAUGAUAAAUAUUAUGAAAAUUUACACUACAAAUUAUUCCUAUUAUCACCAAUUUAUUUGUAUCGUUAAUCAAACAGACUGUUAAUAAUUAGGUAUAUUCUGAGUCGUUGAGUCAAGCUCCAAAUCUCACCUUAAUGGAAGUGAGUUCGAUCACCUCGUAGCAUACUCUUUGGCUUGCACGUUUGAGAACGAAGUUGUGAGUGCAAGGAAGUAUGAGAGCAUAUGUUUUGAGUCAAUCAAUGAAGUGAUUAAUGAGGAUGGUUUAGAGUGCCUUAAUGAUGGGAAGGCACGAAGAUUGGGGGACAGUGAAGGUCGCUUGACCAGUAGAGCAUGUACGGCUUGGUCGAGCCAUGAAGCAGCGACAAACCAGUAGGCGCUGAAGUCACGCUCGACUAGUCGAAUAAGGGUGCUCGAUCGAGCACUGCACAGCACGCAAAACAGAAUGUUUCCGUUUUAAUUCUCGAUUUUGUUUGGGCUUUUAGCCAUUAGUCCUAAGGCUCCCAAAUAUUUCAUGGGACUAUAUAAUGGGUCUUAAGAGUUCAUGAGGGCAGAAGAGAGCACCUAAUACUAAGAGUUAACUAGGGUUUUAGCCAAGAGAGUUCACUUCACUUGUAUUAGGGUAUUUGAGAGAAAUUGACAUCAAAAGUUCCAUCUUUGCUUUGAGAAGUUGUUCUUGAAGCUUGUAAGGUGAGUCAUUAAUGUAUUCUUGAGUAUAUUAAUGAUAAGAUACUUGUUUUAAGGGAGAGGUAUCUUUAAAUACCUCAUAUAUCUUGUGUUUUUGCCUCUCCAUUGUUGUGCUCUGUUUUGGUUGAUUUUCUUUGUAUUUAUUUGUUGUUUGUUUCUUCACCAUUUUCAUAUCCCAUUCACAACAAUUGGUAUCAGAGCUUUAAGUUAUAUUUGUGGGUUGUUUGGUGGGUGAAAUAUAGGGUAUUUGGUGAAGAAACAAGAUGGGUGAUGUUGUAAAGUUUCAUAUUCCAUUGUUUGAUGGAAAAAUGAAUUUUUUGUAAAGUAUAUUUUGAGCCAGUAUGGUGAAGAG